AUAGAUUACCCAAUAAAAAAAGUUCAAAAAGAAAAAGAAAAUAAAAAGUUUCGACUAACCUAGCUACCAGUUUACCAUUAAAAUGUUGUGAAGAUUCAAACUUCCAUUGGUGGGGGGGGGUGACUUCCAUGCCGUUCUCCGAUUCUGGUUUCUUUACUCCUAUCAUAUCAGUUCAGGAUAUGUUUUGCUGAAGGAAUUUGAAGUUUUAUGAACAAAGAAAUUCAUACGUUGGCAGUCUUUGUAUUUUCUAUGAGGUAGAAGAGAAUGGCUUAAGUAGGCGAUCGAAUGGAGAGAGUGAAUAUGGCAGACGCGCUUGUUUCAGUUGUUGUGAAUAUCAUCUUAGACAACUUGAACUCCUUGUUCCUGGAGGAGAUGGGACUUGCUGGGAGCCUCAAAAAAGAACUUCAGAGCCUGGAAAGUACUCUUACUACAAUCCAAGCUGUGCUCCAUGAUGCCGAGGAGAAGCAGUGGAAGAGUGAAGCUAUCAAGAAUUGGCUUGGAAAACUUAAACAAGCAGCUUAUGAUCUGGAAGAUGUGCUUGAUGACUUCAAAACUGAAGCUCAGAGGCGUAGAAGUAAGGUAUCUACUUUCUUUUCUCUUCAGAACCCUCUUGUGUUUUGCCUAAAUAUGGCACGUAAAUUUAAGAAUGCAAGAGAGAAAUUAGAUGCCAUUGCUGAGGAGAAAAGCAAGUUUCACUUGAGAGAGUGUGUGGCAGAAGCUGCAAUUGAAUGGAAUGAGGACAGGCAAACCAGCUUCCUUGUGAAAGAAUCGGAAAUACUAGGCAGAGCAGAUGAGAAGGAAAAGAUAGUUAGUAUGUUGGUUAGCAAUGCGAGUCAUCAUGAUGACCUCUCUGUUUAUGCAAUAUGUGGCAUGGGAGGUCUUGGAAAGACCACACUUGCCCAAUUGGUUUACAAUGACAAAAAUGUGGCAAAAGCCUUUGAUUUGAGAGCUUGGGUGUGCGUAUCUGAUGAUUUUGAUAUAAAAAGGUUGACUAAAGCUAUCUUGGAAUCCAUUGAAGGGAAGUCAUGCGAUAUCCAAGAGCUAGAUCCCCUGCAGCGGCGCUUAGUAGGGAUGUUUGUUGGGAAACGAUUUUUGCUUGUUUUGGAUGAUGUGUGGAAUGAAUACCAUGACAAGUGGGAUAGACUGAAGCAAGCGCUACAGUGUGGAGCAAGAAGAAGUACAGUCAUUGUCACUACUCGACUUGAGAAAGUUGCUCUUAUGAUGGCUACAAUUCCUUUCUAUCGCUUGGGAUGUUUGUCAGAUGAUGAUUCUUGGUCCUUAUUCAAGCAAAGAGCCUUUGGGAUGGGAAUAAAAGAAGGCAAUGUGAACCUGGACGCAACUGGGAGGCAGAUACUACAGAGAUGUGGAGGGGUACCAUUGGCAAUUACGGCCAUAGGAAGCAUACUGUGUUCCAAAAGUCUAGAAAGUGAAUGGUUACGUGUCAAAGAUAGCGAGAUAUGGGCUUUGGAGGAUGAGGGAAAAAGAAUCUUGGCUGUGUUGAUGUUGAGUUAUGAGCAUCUUCCACCAUAUAUGAAACAAUGUUUUUCAUUUUGCUCAAUAUUUCCCAAAGAUUCUGUCAUGGUAAAGGACGAGCUGAUAGGACUAUGGAUGGCAAAUGGAUUUAUUCCUUCUCGAAGACUGUUGGAUUUGCAUGAUACCGGUUGUGAAAUAUUCUCUGAAUUGACUCGGAGGUCCUUUCUCCAAGAGAUCAAAGAGGAUGUUGAUGGAACUGUUACAUGUAAAAUGCAUGAUUUAAUCCAUGACAUUGCAACAACAAUUAUGGGACAUGAAUGCUGUGUGAUUGAGCCCAAUGAGAGGUUGAAAAUACCAAAAACUGCACGUCACUUGUUUGUUCAUAAUAGCAGUUCAUCAACAAACAUUAUGGACCUGUCCAAGUUGCAACCGUUGCAUUCUUUGAUCCUAGGCAAUGAGAUCAGCUUUUGUGGUAUUUAUAACCUCUCUAAUCCUGCCCAGUUCAUCAGUAAACAAAAAAAUCUGAAGGUGUUGGAUUUUGGUUAUUCUUUUAGCAAUACUGCAUUUAAAAGUUUGAAACAGCUGAGAUACCUAUGCCUUCAUGAUGGUAAUAUGAAAACUCUACCUGAAUCAACAAUCUCCCUUUAUAACUUGCAGACACUAAAUCUUCAGUAUUGUCACAGCCUUGAAAUGUUACCUAAAGAUACGAGGCACUUGAAAAAUCUGAAGUAUUUGGACCUCAGAAGUUGCUCUUCACUAACUUCUAUGCCUGUUGGAUUGGGACAAUUGUCAUGCUUGCGCAAGCUCAGCAUGUUUGUUGUGGGAAAGGACAUUGGUUGCGGUGGCAUUGAUGAGUUGAAAGAGUUGGCCCUAGUGGGGGAAUUGAGCAUCACAGGACUUCACAACAUAAAGAGUUUAACAGAAGCUAAAAAUGCCAAUUUGAAAAAGAAGCAAAAUUUAAGUUCAUUAAGCUUAUCUUGGCAAGUAGAGAGCUUGGAAACCUCUCAUCAUCAACAUAGAAAUGAUGAAGAGAUUCUUAAUGUUCUCCAACCUCAUUCUAGCUUGAAGAAGUUAUGCAUAUUUGGUUACCAAGGUGAUAGGUUUCCAUAUUGGAUGAUGGAUCUGCUUCGACCAAACCUUGUUGAAAUCUCACUUGAAGAUUGUGAAAUAUGCGAUCAACUUCCACCUCUAGGGAAAAUUGCGCUUCCUUAAGGUCCUUACUAUUAAGGUAAUGGGUGCUCUGAAGUAUAUUGACAGCAACUUCUAUGGGGAUAUGGAAAGUUCUUUUCCAUCACUGAAGGUUCUCGAAAUAGGUAUGGCACCAUGUUUGGAGGAAUGGACAACUGUGAAUGGUAGAGAACAGUUUCCUCUCUUAAGAUCGUUAACUAUCAAAUGUUGUCCCAAGUUGGUUAAGAUGCCAAUGCUUCAAUCUCUAAAAAAGCUAGAAAUUGGAGGAAUUAAUGUUACUUUACUUAAAUCUUUGAUGAUGAAUGCCACUAUUCUUACAUCUCUCUGGAUUAAUGAAGUUGAUGAGUUAACAGAUUUACCGGAUGGACUAUUGCAAAAUCAGAAGCACCUUGACAGCUUGACGAUUGUGUCAAGUACUCUAAAGUCUUUAUCUGAUAUGCUGGAUAAUCUAUCCACCCUUGAACACUUGGAACUUGAAAGUUGCUUACAACUUGAAAGCUUGCCUGCAGGACUACAAAAUAUCAGCUCUUUAAAAACUUUGGAUUUAAGUCAAUGUGACAGCCUUGUAUCCCUUCCAGCAAAUGGAUUGCAAGGCUUAUUGUCUUUGUCUUCAUUGAGGAUUCAAAAUUGUAAGAAAUUAGCCUCUUUAUCUGAGGGGGUGCUAUAUCUGACUUCACUCCGAAACUUGCUUAUCAAUGGAUGUCCAGAGUUAACCUCAUUGCCAGAGAGUAUCCGACAUCUGUCUUCUCUUCGAUCUCUGCGUAUUUGGAGUUGUGUGAGAUUAAUUUCUCUUCCGAAUGAGAUACAACACCUCAACUUGCUUUCGCAAUUGGAGAUUAAGUAUUGCUGUAAUUUAACGUCAUUGCCCCAAGGGGUAUGGAGCCUCACGGCACUGGAAACGCUGGAGAUUGAAGGAUGCCCUCAUCUGAAAAGGCAAUGUAAGAAAGAGAGGAGAGGAUUGACCCAACAUAACCCACAUUCCGUUCAUUGAAGUUAUGUCUAAAGAAGAAUGCUUUGGAACCUGUCUAUCGGCUAUCUCUUAAGUCUUGCAAUUAUCAAAUAACAUUCAAGAAUUAUGAGAAAGGAUUUUAGCAUUGCACUUUUGUGAAUAAGACAUCUGCAAUAUCAUUCAUUCAUCCAUUUCUGUUAAUAAUGUUCCCUACUAUCCAGAGUUCAUUGGACAUUCGCAAAUGGUUUGAUUUGAUGAAUUUAGGAUUUGGUUGUCUAAAUACAUUCACUGGAUGGGUGAUUGGACAUGUUACCUCUCAAGAAAGUUCUGAAAGCUCAGUUCUGCUAUUUGAGAAAAGACCAUUGCAUUAAGUUGAUAGAGCAAUUUCUAUCCUAUAAGACCAGUACAGAAUAAAUUGAUGUCAAAUAAUUUUACUUCUAAAUUCUUAUGCUCAUCAAAUACUGUUUUGUUCAACUUCGUUUCAGGAUAUCAAUCAUAUAGCAGAGCACAUUUCUUGGGUUAAAAUGCCGGAUUGACUUAAUUAGAAAAAGCCCUUAUUGAAAAAAUUAACAAUCAAUUAAGGACUCUAUAAAUCAAUAUGAUUUAUAUGGUUGAUAAGAAUUAUAUAGUAAGGCUUGUUAGAAUUAUUAUUACCAAUUUUGAUGCAUCAGUUUUGGUUUGUUCAAUUGUAAUCUUUUUUUGGAGCUUUUUAGCAUUAAAUUUUGUUUUUCUUCUUGAUUUUUAACAGUCAGAACAUGGCGCUUUAGGCUACUUCUGAUUUUUUCUGUAUUAUAUUCAUUCCAUGCCUAGAACUGCAACCUUGAGUGGUGGUUUAAUUUGAUGUCUUUGCCUUCACGGGUAAGCAGCCUCACAGCACUGAAAACGCUAAGGAUGGCUGCAUCUAAAAAGGCGGUGGAACAAAGCCUGAGGAGACAAUUGGUCCAUCAUAAUCCACAUCCCGUCCAUUUUUGUGAGUAUCAACCCAAAAAAAUUUCCGCUGUAUCAAAAACUCAAUCAGAGUCCAACAACUUCAUGAGUUUUUCUUUGCCCUUGUAAAUAACAAUAAUAUAGAUGACUUAUUUUGAGCUAUAAAUUAAGUUAAUUAAAAUAUUAUGUUAUCGUUGUUGUCUUA